AUGUGGCCCCUGGCUGCUGCCCUCACCUGCCUGACCGUGGCCUUGUCAGGAGGCAUCUCCCAGGACUAUCCCAAGAUUCUCAACGGUACCAAUGGGACCAGUGGUUUUCUUCCUGGAGGCUACACCUGCCUCCCCCACUCUCAGCCCUGGCAGGCAGCCCUUCUGGUGAGAGGUCGGCUGCUCUGUGGGGGAGUCCUGGUCCACCCCAAAUGGAUACUCACAGCCGCGCACUGUAGGAAACCUGGGUACAAGGUUUACCUGGGCAAGCAUUCCCUGAGGCGAGUGGAAAAUGGAGAGCAGAGCAGGGAAGUGGUCCGCUCUGUCCCCCACCCUGAAUACCAGGUCAGCCCCACCCACAUGAACCACGACCAUGACAUCAUGCUGCUGGAGCUAGAGUCACCUGUCCAGCUCUCUGGCCACAUCCGCACCUUGCCACUCUCUGAGGAUGACUGCCUGCCCGCUGGUACCUGCUGCCGGGUGUCCGGCUGGGGCACCACUACCAGCCCCCAGGUGAGUUACCCCCAAGCCCUGCAGUGUGCCAACAUUGAACUGCGCUCAGAUGAGGAGUGUCGUCAGGUGUACCCCGGGAAGAUCACCGCCAACAUGCUAUGCGCUGGCACCAAGGAGGGCGGGAAGGACUCAUGUGAGGGUGACUCCGGAGGCCCGCUGGUCUGCAACCACAGACUCCAUGGUAUCAUCUCAUGGGGAGAUUUCCCAUGCGGACAGCCCAACCGACCUGGUGUCUACACCCGAGUCUCGAAAUACCUCCAUUGGAUCCAUGAGACCAUCGAACAAAACCAGCCCCAGGAGGAGAGACGGACCAAAGGCACACAAUGAAAGCGGGUGCAUUGGCUUGCCUG